AUGGAAUUUCCUCCAGAUCAAGCACUCCUCGAGGAGAAAAAUACUCUUUUACAAACCUGUGGAAUGGAUGAGCAAAUGAUGUUUUUUAAAUGGGAAUCUUGGUGUCUGCAGCGCGACAAUAAACCUGUCUUAAACUUGGAUAACUUUAGAGCCUUUGCCGCAGACGUGCGGACUCAAAUGGAACGUCAAGUAAGGGCUUCUUUGCGAGAAAAACCAGAAAAGAGAUAUGUUAAAACAAAGACUGGAAUGAACUUUGAAAAUAUGCUUGGAAUACCGACAAAGUCACACGUUUCCAAAGAUAACCUCCCAAGCCGUCCUGUACCGUCUGCUUCCGAUGUACCAAGUCUUACUGGCGAGUCAGGCCGUAUCCUGGAAACUUUCAACUCACAGCUGUCCUCAACAUCAGCGUUAUCAAAUGAGUCAAAAUCAGCUUCACCGGAUAUUUCAGCACAUAUCGAUCCAAAAGCAUAUCAUUAUAGAAUCAUGUUUCAAAAGCUCCAGGAUUCGUCUGAAGUUCUUGACGACCGAAUCGAUCUUUUCAGCGAUAUAAUAUGUCAGCACUAUAAAAUUAAUGAUGAUGACCUUGUAAAUCCAAGUGAACUUACACAGGAACUGGUUACUGUAGUCGGAAGAGUUGUUGUUGACAGCAAUACUGUUGGUGGUCGCCUUAACUCCAAUAGUAUUUUAUUAGAAACUUCAAGAAGACUAGGUGCUGGCGCCAGAGUCUCACUCAAACUAGAUGAAGUAUUAAAUUAUUCCAUUUUUCCUGGGCAAAUCAUUGCUCUCAAAGGCUGCAAUCCUAGUGGUAAAGUGUUUGUUGCAAAAGAAAUUUUACCUUUUCCUCCUCUCCCAUUCCCUGUCUCUUCAAAGAAAGAAAUCGAAAACUUCAACAACAAAGCGAAUAACCAGCCCAUAUCUAUUUAUGUGGCUUCGGGUCCAUGGUCUCUCCGAGAUGACCUUUCUUUUACACCUUUGAAAGCCUUGGUAUCAUACUUGAUAGAGAAUCCUGCCGAUCUAGUGAUCCUGACAGGCCCAUUCAUCGACAUCAACCACCCUAUCCUCUCCACUGGAAAUAUUACUGAUACGCAAGCGACUUCCCUUGAGGACUUCUUCAAAGAACGCGUUACUCCAAUUCUCUCCAAAAUAUCUUGUAAAUGUAUCCUCGUACCUCACAUCAACGAUGCUAUUUCUAAUCAUCCUGCUUGGCCUCAAGACACAUUCGAUCGUUAUACCCUAGACCUCCCAUCUAAUUUUACAUGUUUUCCAAAUCCUUGCAUUUUCUCAGUAAACGAAGUUGUUUUCGGUUUAUCCACAAAUGACAUUUUGCUACACACCUCCAAGGAAGAACUUUUCCGAAAUCCAAAACAUGGAAAUCUGUUUUCGCGACUAGUCGCUCAUGUCAUUCAUCAAAGGCAUUUUUACCCCUUGUUUCCGGGUGGAUCUCUAGACAGAGGUAAUCCUUCAAAUAUCGACAUAGCGCACCUAAAGCUUGGCGAGCUACUUCAAACAGUUCCUGACAUCCUUAUUUUACCCAGCGAUAUGAGAUACUUUGCAAAGACUGUCGAAGAUGUGAUAUCUAUUAAUCCGGGGAAAGCUACCAAGGGAGUCACCUUGGGGUCUUUUGCAAAGCUAACAAUUCUUCCUUACCCUCUCAAUACUUCAACUUCUUCUACUGACCUUCUACACAAUGCCCAGUCUCGUACUAAAGUUGAAAUAAUAAAACUGUAA